AUGUGCUUCAACUUGUGGGACAAGCAACUCUUUUGCGAAUGCUUCAAUCUCACGUCCAAGAGGCCGACUCCACUCGGCCCCGUGCAGAUCCACCUGGGCACCGUUGUUGCCGAACUAGCACCUUGGCAAGGGAACUCCCACGGCGCCAGGAGCAAGGUCGGAGGCCACCCAGCAUGCCUUCCGGGCAUGCCCUCGCCCUUUUUCAGCUUCUUCAGCUUGCAAAUGGCCUGGAAGUACGGCAGGCAGCAUCAUGCUCUUUACCCGUCUUAA